CAUUGUGCGGGGCGCGGAUGCUUCGUCGCGUCGGCAGUCCUGUAAUAACCCCGGGCUUUCGGCAGUGUUGUGGAAGUGUCGGUGAAAUGUCUUGCUCUGACUUUACCUUUCUAUUUGCCGUCAUGGAUUUGCUUUUGGAAAUUCGAACUGAAGCUUUUGCGGAGGAAAUGCUGUUUCCUAUGGGAGAUGCAUACACAUUUUGAGGAAGCCAUGGCAAAAUCAAAACACAGAGUUUGUUUUCAAGAAUCUUCAAUAUCUUCUCUCCUGGCAAGCUGCAGCCUAAGUAGUAGCAAUUCCUCUAACUCUGAUGGCUCUUUUCACUAUAAGGAUAAACUGUACAGUUCUGCUUCUCAGGCUCUCCAGGCCUACAUUGACGAUUUUGAUCUAAGCCAGAUGUAUUCUGGUGCAAGUGCUGGAAAAAUUAAUAUUGAUGAGGGUGCUGCUAAUAUGCCACACUUCUCCAAUUAUAUUUCUAAACCAAGCAAUGCCAUUGGAUAUCUUGAUCACAAAGAGCACUUCUUAUCAUAUAGAAGAGAGCCUGUUAAUGACAUAGACUCCAUUAGCCUAACAACUGAUGAUCUGUUAAGACUUCCAGCAGAUGGAUCAUUUUCUUUCACUUAUGUUGGACCAAGUCAUCGAAUGAGAAAGAAAAAGAAGAAAUACAUUAGAAGAUUAAGUUCAUUGGACAUUGAAAAGAAUCCAGAUUUUCAAGAGGCUUUUGCUCCCAUGGGCAUGGAUGACUUAGUUACUCCAGUUGUGUACACAAAUAGAAAUCUUUGUGGUAGACUAAAAAACCCAAAACUUACAAAUAAGACUAAUAAAGGUGUUUCUGACUCAUCUUUAUCUUUUUCUAAAGAAUCUUUCAAGGACAGUUCAGAAGAUGGUCUUGAAAAGAAUUAUCCACGAUGGCUUACUAGCCAGAAAUCUGAUCUUAAUGUUUCAGGGAUAACUAGUAUUCCUGAUUUUAAAUAUCCAGUUUGGCUCCACAAUCAAGACUUGUUACCUGAUGCAAAUAGUCAGAGGAUUCCUAAAGAAGAGCAUUAUUCUCCUAGACAUAGUCAUCAGGCACAAAGAACUGGACUUAUGAAUAAAGUAGAGUGUUUGGAAUAUUCUUUGGAACCUUCAAAAUUUUCAAAUACCUUCUGUGAUAAUAAACAUCUUGUUAAUGUAUGCAAAUGUGAUUCUGAACAUAGCCAAUGUAAAUAUGCAACUCCACUUCUUCCUGGACAAUCCAAAAAGCCAUUCAGUGGUGACAAAAUUGAAUUGCUUAUCCUGAAGGCCAAGAGAAAUCUAGAACAGUGUACUGAAGAAUUACCAAGGUCUAUGAAAAAGGAUGACAGUCAAUGUUCAUUAGAUAACCUUGAAGCAGAAAGAUCAUGGGAAAAUAUUCCUGUUACUUUCAAAUCUCCUGUUCCCGUUAAUUCUGAUGAUAGUCCUCAACAGACUUCAAGGGAAAAUUGUGCUAAAGAGGCUCUUGAAGACUUUUUAAGUAAUGAUAAUCAGAGCUCUACCCUUUCAGGAGGCAAACAUCAUGGUCCUGUUGAAGCCUUAAAACAAAUGUUAUUUAAUCUUCAAGCUGUACAAGAAAGUUUUAAUCAAAAUAGAACUAUAGAACCAAAAGAAAAAAUUAAACAGGUUUCAGAAGAUGAUUUCUCUAAAUUACAUUUGAAAGAAAAUAUGAUUCCAAUUACUAAGUCUCUUCAAAAGGCCUUGCACCAUUUAUCUCGCCUGAGGGACUUGGUUGAUGAUACCAGUGGAAAAGAGUGACCGAAAAUGUGAAGAGGGAAGUAAAACUGUCACCACAAUAACUACGAACAAAUAUGUAUUUUUUCUUAUUACUUCAUUGGACAAAGUAAAUACAAGCUAUACAUUAUUCUAACAUUGGUUGAACUAUUUUUCUAAAGAAAUAACCUUGAAAAUAUCCAUAGGAUUUGUGACUUAUCCUCAUUUUGUUCCAAAAAUAGAAUGUGAAUUCAUAAUAGCCCACAAUGUAUCCUGAAGUCAUCUUACUUCACUCUUCAGGCCAGCAAAUGUUUAAUAUUUAAGGAUGAAUGAUUUCUGUUCUUAACACUUUCCUGGACCUAACCUUCUGUAGUAUCAUCAUUUUAUCAUUUGAUUCUGGAAUAUUGUUUUCUAGCUUCUAUCUAUAAUCUCUUAA